CGUCCUACAAAAAAUAAAUAUAUCAAAAACUACGACUUUUCUUGCACGCUUAACGAUAGCAGAGCAGUUCAAGUCACUAUGACAUCUGUUAUAGGCCAUUUAAUGGUUUAUGACUUUCCUCCUGAAUAUCAAAAUUGGCAGCAAGUCUCUCCUUUAACAUUGUUUGAUGCGCCCACCGAGAAACAAGUAAUACGAAAUACUUCAAUGGAUAAAGUCAUUCCAACUUCAUUUGUGCAAAAGGGAAUUGAGGCCGUUCGUGAUAACAUUGCAAAAGAAGCGCGUAAUGCUGAACAAAUAAUGAUAUGGACUGAUUGUGAUCGCGAAGGUGAAAACAUUGGAUCGGAAAUCGUAGAUGUCUGUCGUGGCGCGAAUUCAAGAAUUAAAGUAUCAAGGGCAAAAUUUUCCGCUAUUAUUUCCCAACAAAUCCGUCAUGCAUGGCAUUCCCCGGUGGAUUUGGAUUAUCGUCAAUCAAAUGCGGUAGAUGCUAGAGCAGAGCUCGACUUACGAAUUGGUGCUGCAUUUACUCGAUUUCAAACUUUGGGCUUGCGAACUUUAUUUUCAGAACUCAAUAACAAAGUAAUAAGUUAUG